AUGGCAUGGGGCUUGUGGACAAGGCCGAUUCGGCAAUUUCGUCAGGACAAGACGACCAAGUUGCCUAGAUGGGAGAAUGGUAGAAUGGAGUACAUGCUACACCCUACUACCCCUAGGUAUAGUAGCACAGGAGCUUGUCUCCAAGACACGCAAUUGCAUCGGCAAACCCCCUGUCGCAGCAUCUUGAUCCCGCCAUGGCCGGCCGAUGUUGCGCUACCGUACCUACAUAGGUAG